CAGAAGAAGAAGGACGGUUAUGAUGUCAUUACGAGGACCAAUCAAAUCCUUUAAUAACCGGAAAUAACACAAGUUUAAAUAUUGUGCGGUACAGAAUUUGACUCGCCCCUAGGACCGAGGCAGAGCUGCAAUGGAGAGCAAUUUGUCCAAAGUCCUUGUUGGACUCUCCGUCCAAAUCAGUCGAAGUGAUGGUCGAGUCCACUCGGCUACGGUCAAGUCUGUUGAUGCUGCAAAGUCCACUGUUAUGGUAGAGUGGCAUGAGAGGAAGAUCUGCCGAGGCAAGGAGGUGGAAGUGAGUGAGCUAUGCACCCUCAAUCCAGAGCUUUUGGACCUUGUAAAUGGGGCUAUGAACAAACCUGCUGACCCGCCACUCCCUCCUUCAGACAAAUAUGAGGGUCGACUGCGUUCAUCUAGGAUUCCUGCCCCUGCCUCCUCCUCUGCUCCAGCAGUCACCAAGGCUGAAGAGUCAGGUCGGCAAGUUGCCAAUCGGUCUCAGACCAGGCAGACUUGCAUGUUUCAGCCCUCAGCCCCUGUUCGAGCAUCAGUUACGACCAACGGGUCAUCUCAUCAAAGCCAGGAGACAAUGCACCAUGAUCUCCCCCCUCCAUCAGUCCUCACAAACUCUGUGAAUCCUAAUCGUCAGCAUAGAAAGAUUGAAGCACAACAGGAACUGUCCAGGGAGGCAGUAAAGGAAAAUGAUGAACCUGAGAGAAUGCCCCCUCCGCCUGCUGUUAAAGGUAACUUGGGUAGAAGAAAGUCUGUGGCUCCCCAGCAGCUGAACAAAGGCAACAAAAGGCUGUCCUGCGUUAUAAAACCCCCUGAGAAUCAGACUAAGAGGGGAAAGUUCGGAGAAAUGUCUAGACCAAACCAGAAGUUCUACGAUAUGAUCCAAGACUUCAGAGAGACAUUGGAAAUAACUCCCAUCUCAACUACAGACCAUAUCGAACCCCAAAGGAUCUGUGUGUGCGUUCGCAAACGGCCUCUGAACAAGCAAGAGAUUAAUAAAAAGGAGAUAGAUGUGGUGUCUGUGCCUGGAAAAGGUGCUCUGCUGGUCCAUGAGCCAAAACAGAAAGUGGACCUUACCAAGUACCUGGACAACCAAAUUUUCCACUUUGACUACUCCUUCAAUGAGACCGCCACCAACGACCUGGUCUACAAGUUCACAGCCAAACCUUUGGUGCAGUCCAUUUUUGAAGGUGGCAUGGCAACAUGUUUCGCCUAUGGCCAGACGGGUAGUGGAAAGACUCAUACAAUGGGAGGUGAUUUCUCAGGAAGGCAACAGGACAGCGCAAAAGGAAUCUAUGCCUUGGCAGCCCAGGAUGUUUUUGCUAAUCUCAGCCAUCGGAGAAAUGUUAAUCUGGAUCUCUCUGUCUACGUCAGCUUCUUUGAGAUUUACAAUGGAAAAGUGUACGACCUGCUGAACAAAAAGGCAAAGCUUCGGGUUUUGGAAGAUGACCGACAGCAGGUUCAGGUCGUGGGUUUGGAGGAGGUUUAUGUGACUUCGGCAGAAGAGGUGAUCAAGAUGAUUCAGAUGGGCAGCUCAUGCAGAACAUCUGGCCAGACCUCAGCCAAUGCAAACUCAUCCCGCUCUCACGCCAUCCUCCAGAUUGUCCUGCGACGCAAUGACCGUGCCACCACACUGCACGGCAAAUUCUCUCUGGUUGAUUUGGCUGGCAAUGAGCGUGGCACAGAUGUGAGCAGCAAUGACCGAAACACGUUGGUCGAGACUGCAGAGAUAAACCGCAGCCUACUGGCUCUAAAGGAGUGUAUUCGUUCGCUGGGAAUGAACAGUGAUCACAUCCCUUUCAGGAUGAGCACUUUGACCAAGGUCCUCAGGGACUCCUUUAUUGGAGAAAAGUCCAGGACCUGCAUGAUUGCUUUGGUGUCUCCAGGCAUGGCUUCAUGUGAAUACACAAUGAACACACUGCGUUAUGCUGACAGGGUGAAGGAGCUAAAUGGCAACUCAAAAACCAGUGCAGCGACCAAGGUCCAAGAGCCUAUGGACAGCUCCACAGAGGAGGAAUCUGUUGUAGAUACCAGUGUUUAUGAUGCCAUAUCUCAAGUAGCAGAGCUGGAGGAGAAAGUUUAUGUAGAGCUGCAGAGGUCAAAUGAGCUUGUGAAGGCAAUGGAGCAAACCUCAUACAACAUUGAAGACGGCGUUCACGACCUGGUAGAUCAUUCACGGAAGUUGUUGGAAAUGGUGCUGGCUCUCCAGUCAUCUGUGGAUAAAGAGAGGAUGGCGAGGCUGAACCUUUGAGACAAACUACACAGACUAACCCAGAUAAACAAUUUCUGUUUAUUGGAUGCUGUUAGAUCCAAAUGGUUCCCUUUGUUUUUAUUAUAUUAUUGAGUAUUCAAAUAAAUAAAAUGUAUUCAAACACUAA